GGCUGCCACUUCCUCUCCCCGUGCAGCUUAUAAGGACUUGCCCCUCACUUGUUUACUGAAGUGUAGCAUAAAAGGAGUCAGUUCACAAAUGAGGCGUUGCUUCCCAACUUUUUUCCUGCAUACAUUUUUCUGAAGAUAAUAAUUCACCGGGCUCUGUUCUACCAUCAGCCCAAGGUCAAUAUAAUGAAAUAAAACACCUUAUAUGGCUAACAUACUAUCCAUUGGCCUUUUUAGGGUCUUGGCUUGGAGAAGAUCCGCCUCUGAGGUUUUAUAGUCUCACUGGUAUUUAUACCAAAGGCAUCGUCAGAACAGAGUCCCCGAGGAAAGGAGUUUUCCUGUGCACUUGGUGAGUAGCUGCAGAAAGAUUCUGCCUGCAUGAACCCUCUUCUUGGAAACUGCCUCCUUCAGGGGCAAGGCAGGAGUUGUGCAUGGCAAGGGAGACUUGGGAACCACCUUGCUGGCUGGCCAGGUUUGGAAUGCACCUGAACAUUGCUCCCUGUGUGUGCCUCUGGGAGGAGUGAGUGGCCUAAGCUCUGCCGCUUCAUUGAAGGUUUCUGCCGGUUUUUGUGGCUGCCUUGUGCAAGUGUUGUGCAAGGCUGUCUUUGUGCAAGUGUUAGCGGCUGUGGCUUGCCUCUCUCCACGGCACACUUUGGAGGCAGAGGGAAAGACCGGGACUUCUUGGGUUUAUGGUCCAAUAUGCAAAUCAGGGUGUCAAGUCGUUGCUGUUUUUUAAAAGCGUAACCUGGUGUUUUGGAUACCAUUUGUGGAGAAAGCCAGAAGUUUUUGACUACUAUUCCUGUGGAUGCUAAGUAAUUUGAGAUUAUCUGUCACAUGUUAUUGAUUGCCUAGGGCUAACCCCUCCCCCCACCCAGUUAUUGAUUCCAUACAGCUGCUUUAUUUUCAAUACUUGCUGAAAUUAGUAUUAGCUGUGACUGUUUCAUCUUUCUUUAUAUGAUAAAAGCAGCCUGGUGUGCCUGAAUCUGAAGGAAAUAUGUGGGGAGGGGCCUUUUUUCCCUCUGGAAGCCAGGGGUUGGAGAGAUUAUUUCCAUUUUUGGGAAAAGCUUGUGAGAAACCUCGUGUUUCUGUUUACUCUCGCCCAGAGUCCUGGCGUGGGAUGCCAGGCUUGCUCUCUGAUUCAUGCCUGCAGCUUGCGGAAAAUUUAGAAAAAUUCCAGAGGACACAGAACAAGGCUUGCGUGUUAGAAAAGGAAAAUAUAAGUAUGUGAUACAAUUGCAUCCUCCAGGGAAGGAAAUCUGAAGUAAAGUGAUCCAAAAUCUCUGGUGUGUGAAAACUCUUGUGCAGAAACCCCGCAUGAAAGUAACUGCACGUUGCACCUGCUCUGUGACACCUCCCUCUGGUAAAAUCCUGGAAUUAGGAAAAGAAUCAGAGUCUGAGAGUUGGUGAGCCCAGGUCCAGUUAAGUCAUGUUCCUUGGGGGCCCACUUUUAUUUAGUAUUUAUUAUUUUAUUUAUUCAACUUAUGUACUGCCUUUCAUCAAAAGAUCCCAGGGUGGUGUACAACAUUAAGAACACACUUUAAGACAGCCACUGUGGUGGAGUAGCUGGAGUGGCCUGACUUGGACCUGGGAGACCUUGGGCCGGUCACUUACUCUUAGCCUGAACUACCUCACAGGGUCGUUGUGAGGAGAAAAGGGGUGUGUGGGAGGAGAACCCCUUCAGCUCCUUAGAGGAAAGGUGGGAUAUAAAUGCAAGAAAUACAUUAAUUAAUUAAAUAAGAUGAGACUCUCACCACCUGCUCUGCAGAUGCGCUGAGAUAUAUAGUCAUUUCAAUCUUUGAGUCUUUGGAAAUGGUAUCAUUUACAUAAAAACCUCAAGCUUUAAAUCUGAGUGGCAUUUAACCAGACUGUGUUGAAGCUGAAUCAGUGGAAGAAGCCAUGGCAACAGCAGGGAAGUCGAGGCAGCUGUCUUCUGGUCACGAUGGCACCUUAGGCAAGGGAUGAGACGUGAAGGGCAGGGUGUCAGAUGUGGAGGAGCUGGCUGGAAGAGGGGAAUUCCUUGCUGGAUCAGGCCAAGUGAGGCUCAUCUAGUACAACAAUCAGUUCGCAAGAGGGGCCGCCCCACUGGGAAGCAGGGCAGGCAGGCAUGCAAUUGUUGGCCUGGCUUUCCCCUGUUGAUUUCAGCAUCUGGCAUUCAGUGGCUUUUUUCAGCUGGAACUCAUUGGAACUGGGUUCCGGCACCUCUCAGGUGUAUGACAUUGUUGUUAUACGAGAAUAAGGGAGGCAUUCAUGGUGAGUUCUGGCACCUUUUUUCUAGAAGAAUAGCCCUAGGCUCCAUGAACUUAUCCAUUCCAUUUUUAUAAGCAAGAGUGGAUGCUUCAAUCAUUUCAGCUGCUUCCUGCAGCUUGCAGUUGUUUUCCCGGCUUUUGUGAAUGGAAAAAUCAUGAGCUCCCCAUCAGCUCAGCUUCAUGACACAUGGGGCUUACUUGCCAUGAUUCUCCUGCUCACACUAGUAUUGCUAAGGGGUUUUCCAUCUGGCCUUCUGUGUCUCUGCAGUUUGCUCCAAUGGAUGGGUUGCAUCCCUUGAUGUUUUCGGUUGGUGCCUUGAAAAGGAAUUGGAGGACAGCCCCAAAGUUGCUAAAGUAGACUUGCCCAGCCUUGGACCCUCCAGAUGUUCUGCACUACAACAUCAGCCCUUGUAUACUAUGAUGGGAAUUGUAGUCCAAAGCAUAUGGCGGGUGCCAGGUUGGGUCAAGGGGACAAAUUCUUUCUGAUCACAAUAGGUCCAUCAAAAACCUUUAGCUGUUUUAUGCCAGCAAAACUAUCAUGGCUCCCCUCAAAGAAUCCCGAGAAUGGCAUUUUGGUGAACAUCCUGGUGAUAGAUUCAGGUAGGUAGCUGUGUUGGUCUGAUGCAGUAUAUAUACCGUAUAUAUGUUGUAUAUAUGUUGGUACUGUAUAAGCUUUUGUGUGCAUGCACACGGCUUCAGAUAAGAACUUCUUCGUAUCUGAAGAAGUGUGCAUGCACACGAAAGGUUAUACCAAGAACAAAUUUAGUUGGUCUCUAAGGUGCUACUGGACAAUUUCUUAUAUAUAUAUAUAUCCCGGUGAUAAUUCUGCUAGCCAUCCACCCUCACAGAGGUACAGGCCCCAGAGCAGGUUCCUUGCAGAAACGAAAUGACUGUCAAGCUAAAUCUGCACUGCAAACAUGCUUUAUGGGGUAUCCUUUCACGGCUGGAUUCACUGGCUGCCUUCAAGUCAGUUCUUUGGUCAGUCUCUGUGUUUAAUGCUUGCAACAUAAUUGAAUCCCCUUCUGCCUGUCCUUCAUUCAGGGCUGCCUGAGCCAAAACACAAGAUUCCAACUCUCCAGUUAUAGCAUUCUAUGAUUAGUGCAAAUUUAUUCUAAUAAACAUAUUUUUGUAUGCAGUUUGACUUAUAUAUGCAGCAACAUCCCCCAAUAGGAUGCGGUUUUGUAUGUCAUUUUCAAUAAUAUAUUAAUUUUUAUGUGCACUUUCCCUUAGUAUAUGCAUUUUUGUAAGCGCUGGUUGGCAAACUGACUCACAAAAUUCAGAUGAGCGUGAAUUCUGAAGGAUAAUUCUGUCUUUUGGUUCGCAUAUUGUUUUGAAAAGAGCAGAUUUGAUAGCUUCAGCUUUAAUUGAAAUACUUUAUUGUCACUUGUACAAAUUGUAUACAGUGAGAUUACAAGUGAAUCUUGGAUCGAAUUCCCCCUCCUCCUCUACCUCAGAAAGAAAAUGGGUUUUUCAAGGAAUGAUCUACCCACUGUGUAAAAAGCAUGUGUGUUCUCCCCAGAUAUGCAGUGACUGCCCACUAUAAUAGCAGCUCCCACUCAAUGCUGGUGAGAGGAGAUCAGGCUAGCUUGGAGGGCAAAGUGCACACAUCUCCGUCUUCAAACCCCUCAUUGCCACUCCCUGUAGCAUCUUCUGUCUGAUGCCUUUGCCUAAUGAUGCCUCUUGCUUUCACCAGCAAAGACCCCUCCUGCACAGUCCCUACAUGUCCUUCCUGAUCUUCCCUCUUCCAGGUCUCCUGUGUCCCAGCACCACCGUCAGUCGAAGCCAUGUGUGAAGAGGAGACAACCGCCCUUGUUUGUGACAAUGGCUCUGGGCUGUGCAAGGCUGGGUUCGCCGGUGACGAUGCCCCCCGUGCCGUUUUCCCAUCCAUUGUGGGUCGCCCACGUCACCAGGUUUGUUCACAGAGUUCCCUUUGGGUGCUUCUAAUCAGGGAUUUUUUUCAGCUGGAACUCAGGGCACAUCUCAGGUGGACACCAUUGCUAUUACAAGAGAACAGGGGAGGCAUUCAUGGUGAGUUCCAGCACCUCUUUUUCUAGAAAAAUAGCACUGCUCAGAGCUGGGACUCAGUUAGACUGGUAAAGAAAAAGCAAUUUAUAUGCGUUGUAUGUGCAAUAUAACAUUGUGCCACCAAAUGGCAAUGUGGAAUCCCGUUUUUCUCUACCUGUUUAAAUUUACAACGCUUUAAACUGAAACACUUCUUUGAUGUGUCUAGAUCCAGCCUUGGACUAUGGACUCAGCUAUACAGCUGCAAAUAAAACAUUUUAAGUGUGUUUUAAAUGUAAUAUACAAUGUGGCAUUAGAUGGCAAUAGUGAGCCUCAUGGAAAAUUCAAUGUAUUUUUAAAAAGGCAUUUUCAGAACGGUUUUUAUAUGUGUGUAGAUUCCCCUUAUAACUCCCAUCAGCCUCAGCCAGCAUGUACAAAACAUCUGGAGGGCACCAGCUUGGCAAAGGCUGAUGCAUGGCAUAUACAUGGGAUAAAAUCUAUUAUUACCAAAAGUAUAAGUAUACAAAUGAAUUAUCCAAAGAAACACAAGAUGAAGAUCUAUAAAUCUUAAAUCAGAAAGAAAAGGAGCACUACAGUUUAUUAAGAACCAUCAAUAGAAUACAUAUUAAAAGGUCAUAGUAGGAAGUAAUUGUACAACUAAAUGUGUUUGGAUGUAAGAAAUUGGUAGUUUCAUAGACCAGAAAUUCUCAUGUAAGAUACUGUAGGACCCCAUAUUUCAUCAGCUAAAUGCACCUUGAGAUUUGCUGAAAGUCUGGCAGCUUUUUCACUUUUAGAGUAUCCCAGAGAUUUGCAAAGUCUCUCUCCUGCCCCCCUUUAAAGAACUGGUAGAGCAAAUUUACCAAUAUUUGGAAAAUACCAGGGUAGCAGGAUCAUGGGAGUUCAGAGCCAGCCACAUCAGAAAUUCAGCAGGGAAAAGAUUCCAGCAAAUUAUUUGAUUGAAUAAGAUAGAAGAGGAUCUGUUUUGAAUGUUUUGGUCACAAGCAACUGUUUGUGGGCAAAGGACUCUGACAGGUUAAGGUUUCCCAUGUGCAGUGCUUUUUUUCUGGGGGUGCUCAAGGGUAUGCAGUACUGACACCUCCCGCCCCCCCCACCCCCCGUUAAAAGUGUAGCACUUACUGGAACAACUUCAGGGUGAGUACCAGCACCUUAUAAAUAAAUAAAAAAGCACUGCCCAUAUGAGAAUCCUUGGAAAUGGCUCAGUCUGUGGCUGAACUGUCCAUGGCAAGUUCCUUUGACUCUUAGUUUUCACAGCUAUUCAUGUGACUGCAUUAAUGCCAUGCAGGAAGUGACCAGGUGCUUGCCAAAUGAGAACAUUCCCAUGUCUGUAGGGAGGAAGAAUAAUUGAUGUUCAAGAUCUGGUCCUUGUCAUUCUAUCAGUGAGGCUGAAAUAGUCCAUAUUCUGGGAAAUGAGACUUGUGAAGGCCAACAUAGUGGUUCCCAUUUAGCAGGGUGGAAUGAAGAGUGCUGUGAGGCAGAAUGCCAAACUUACCUUGAGCAUGUGAUCAAGCUGAGAUUUGAAUUGAGGAUUCCCUGGUGCAUCACACUCCUACCCAAUAUAAAAUUUCACCUUCUUAUUACAGUGGUGCCCCGCAAGACGAAUGCCUCGCAAGACAAAAAAUUCGCUAGACGAAAGGGUUUUUUGUUUUUUGAGCUGCUUCGCAAGACGAUUUUCCCUAUGGGCUUGCUUCGCAAGACGGAAACGACUUGCAAGUUUGUUUCCUUUUUCUUAACACCGUUAAUACAGUUGCGACUUGACUUCGAGGAGCAACUCAUAGCCUUUUUUGAGGUUUUUAAAGACUUUGGUGAUUUUUGAAGCUUUUCCAAAACUUUCCCGACACCGUGCUUCGCAAGACGACAAAACUCGCGGAAUGAAUUAAUUUCGUCUUGCGAGGCACCACUGUAUUUAUUUGCUUAUUCAUUGAAAAACAUAUUUUCCAGUCUGUCCUCAUAUGGUUCUAAGUGGGUUGGAGUAGGCCGAAUUCUAAAUGGUCUUCAGAAGGGAGAAGUUAUGUUGGUGGCAGAUGAGUGGGUGUUAGAUUAUGCAGAGUUUGUUUCCCUUUCUUUGAAUACCUCAUGCCUGGAGAAGGAUGAAGAGGGGAGUUUAUGAUGUUCCUCUUCUUGGUUCCUAGGGUGUGAUGGUGGGGAUGGGCCAGAAAGACAGCUACGUCGGGGACGAAGCCCAGAGCAAGAGGGGGAUCCUGACCCUCAAGUACCCCAUUGAGCACGGCAUUAUCACCAACUGGGACGAUAUGGAAAAGGUGACAAGCUCUCCUCUUCGUUAACUUUUUCAUUCAGAUUUUGAACGGGAGGUGUUUUUUUUUUAUUAAAAUAGAAAAACACAGACAAUAGCCAGGAAAUAAAAUAACUUCUCAGAGUCUUGUAUAAUGUGUAUUACAGCAGAGCAUCUACUAAACCUUCCUUCUCCAGCCUUGAUGUUUCUGAGAGUUUGUAAUAAUAUUGUAUCAUUUGAUAUGAUCAAACAAAUAAUUGGAUAACAUAUGAAUGGCAAUUGAUAAAUUUCUCGCUAGAUUCCAUGGCUUUCCAAUUGCAUUUUCAACCAAUUCUAGAAGUAUUGUAGGAAUUAGAGGAAUUUCAUACAUAACAGUGGCUAGAGAAUAAUCAGUCAUUUAGCUGAGCCAAUGUGAUGGUCUGAAGACACGACACACCAAACUUAAUGACGUGAUGAUGGCCUGAGUCUACUAAGUACCUACUUCCAUUUUAUAAAUAAAGCAUUUUGCUUCUCUUCCCCACCAAAAAAGCUUUAAAGUAUUAGUGCAUAUAGUCACCAUCCUCUGUACUUCUUUGGACCCUAGCGUAUCUGAUCUUGGCAGCUGGGGUGACCAGACUUUAUGGCUUGGAUCAGGCAUAGGCAAACUCGGCCCUCCGGACGUUUUCGGACUACAGUUCCCAUCAUCCCUGACCACCGCUCCUGUUAGCUAGGGAUGAUGGGAGUUAUAGUCCCAAAACAUCUGGAGGGCCGAGUUUGCCUAUGCCUGGCUUGGAUCCUAAGAUCCAAUGAGGUCCAUGUAAGGAAAGCAAUUCUCCAGGCCCUUGCCCCAGGUCCAUGAGAUACUACACAAUCUGAUCUGUAUUCAGGUUGCUAGGCUUUAUGAUAGAAUUAGUGCCAUUCAGUCAUGAAAGAUUCACAGUUAUGGAACAUAUGUGUUUGGGCAUUAUGGAGGAAUGACAGUGGCAUUGGUCUGAGGAAUGACUGUGCUUCCUGAGCAACCCCCCACAGAGGCAAAUUGACCAGGUUGUUUUGCUUUAAGGGAAAGCGUGCCUGAUAGCAGUAGCAUACAAAUAAAAAAUGGCUUAUCUGAGUCAGCAGCACCAGCUGGGCAUGACAGGCAAGACCCAAAGAUGGAUGCAACAUUAUGGAGUCUUUUCACAAUCUCUGGCCAACCUGAACGCUUGUGACGUGUUGAGAAUGAAGUCAGGCGAGACAAAGCUUGGCACUUUGCAGGCAACUCUUGUUUGUCCACUUUGCCCAGAUUUGGCACCAUUCUUUCUACAAUGAACUGCGAGUGGCUCCUGAAGAACACCCCACACUUCUGACAGAGGCACCCCUGAACCCUAAGGCAAACCGAGAAAAGAUGACCCAGGUAAAACCUCUUCUCCUGCUCAGCUGGACAAUGUACGAUGAACAUGUACUGCCAAGUGGUGGAUUUGGGAAGCCAUUAAGGGAGGUGAGGCAGAGCUGGGGGGGGAGGUCCCUACACAAGCCCCAUUGAGAUGCCUUCUGCAGCUCCUUUCCAUUUCAAUAAGAUUUGUGCAGGAGAGCAGAAUGUGCUCUCGAGACCGAAGCCUCCUCUAUCCAGCCCUGGAAGAGUGGCGUGCCAUUCAUUCUCUCUUUUCCCCUCCUAGAUUAUGUUUGAAACCUUUAACGUCCCUGCCAUGUAUGUCGCAAUCCAAGCUGUGCUGUCCCUCUAUGCAUCUGGCCGCACCACCGGUGAGUGCUUAGCUUCAAUUGCCGAGUCUCCAGAAGUCUGAAUUCCAUGCACGUCCACACAAAUCUGAGAUGAAAGAGAGCCAGUGUGGUGUAGUGGUUAGAGUGUCGUCCUAGGACCUGCGAGACCAGGGUUCGAAUCCUCACUCAUUCAGGAAGCCCACUGGCACAAUAGCAGAGGUAGCCUGGAGUUCAUCCUGCUCCUGAUGGUGUGCUGAUGACCAAGCACUUUACAAUACAGUGAUAUGGAUGGUUGACAGCUCAUUGGAUUCCCAGAGACAAUGGAGUGGGCCUCCAAGGUUGAACUCAAACUGCUAGAGAAUCACAGCGCCUGCUGUGGCUGCAGACUGAUAACUUGCAACUGCUGCCUCCCAUGUUUUUUGCUGUGUUAGCAGUACCAAAGUAACCUCCCAUGGGGCGCAGGGCUGAACAAUGUGUGUGAAGGUCCUGGGCUGCACAGACAAAGGGCAAAGGUAAACAGCAUAAUAUGUUUGGCACCACCUUGGCUGCUGGAGUUGCCAGAAGGAGGUGUACAAGGUGCCAUCCAAUCGUCUUAGAGACCCAACUCCAGAUUUGUGUAGGGUUUAAUCCAGGCACAGGCAAAUUCCAUCCCUCCAGAUGUUUGGGACUACAGUUCUCAUCAUCCCUGACUUCUGGUCCUGUUAGCUAGGGAUGAUGGGAAUUAUAGUCCCAAACAUCUGGAGGGCCGGAUUUUGCCUAUGCCUGGUCCUUAGCUUUUUCUUCUCCCUACGAUGUCCCGCAAGACAGCGGGUAAUAUUUCCUGAGUAAUAUGUUGACGUAAGAAGAGUGAAAUGGGGGUUGGGGACCCACGGCAUUUGUGUCACAGUCUUCCUUCCUCUUCCUCUUUAGGUAUUGUUCUGGACUCCGGUGAUGGCGUCACUCACAAUGUGCCCAUUUACGAAGGUUACGCCCUGCCUCAUGCAAUCAUGCGUCUUGACCUGGCUGGUCGUGACCUCACAGACUACCUCAUGAAGAUCCUGACAGAACGGGGCUACUCUUUUGUCACCACUGGUAAGGAGGGGCUGGAUCCUUGGAGCUGACGGCAGGGACCUAGAUGGGGUUGCUCCAGCAUUGCUUUUCUUCUUUAUUUUACUUUUUUAGAAAAGCUCAGAUAAGCACUUUAUAUUGUCAUGUGGUUCAGACAUCUUAGUGCUGUCUCCUCGUUGCAUUUUUUGGAGGGGGGAAAUUGAAAGUAAAUGGGGAGGAAAAUAACACAUUUUGUUAGAUGGGAUUGCCUUACCCCAUCCAUUAGAAUCAUAGAAUUAUAGAGUAGGAAGGAACACAAGGUUCAUCUAGUCCUAUAAAUUAUAAUAGUACAAUAAAAUAUAAAAGACACACGCGCACACACUGAGAGGAAAUGGGUAGAGAGAGGUGUAUUGAAAGUAAAUUAACAAUAACAACAACAAUAACUAAGGUAGGGUAUAUAAGACAGAGGACACCAAAGAAGGAACAAAGAAAGGAUGAAAGAAAAGAAAAGGGGAAAAGGGAAGGAAAGAAGACGAAAAAGAGGGAAAGGAAAUGUGUGUGUGUGUGUGUGUGUGUGUGUAACGCAGAGAAGAGGUAUUCAGAAGUCAGGUAGUUGAACAUAGGUAACAAGGGGAGACAACAACAACAACAACAACAACAACAACAACAAAUUUAUUAUUUAUACCCCGCCCAUCUGGCUGGGUUUCCCCAGCCACUCUGGGUGGCUUCCAACUGAAUAUUAAAAACAAUACAGCGUCAGACAUUAAAAACUUCCCCAAACAGGGUCGCCUUCAGUUGUCUUUUAAAAGUAAAAUAGUUGUUUAUUGCCUUGACUUAUGCUGGGAGGGCGUUCCACAGGGCAGGCGCCACUACCGAGAAGGCUCUCUGUAUGGUUCCCUGUAAUCUUACUUCUCACAAUGAGGGAACCGCCAGAAGGCCCUCGGCGCUGGAUCUCAGUGUCCGGGUAGAAUGAUGGGGGUGGAGACACUCCUUCAGAUAUACUGGACCGAGGCCGUUUAGGGCUUGAAAGGUCAGAACCAACACUUUGAAUUGUGCUCGGAAACAUACUGGGAGCUAAUGCAGAUCUCUCAGGACCGGUGUUAUGUGGUCCCGGCAGCCACUCCCAGUCACCAGUCUAGCUGCCGCAUUCUGGAUUAAUUGCAGUUUCCGAGUCACCUUCAAAGGUAGCCCCACGUAGAGCGCAUUGCAAUAGUCCAAGCGGGAGAUAACCAGAGCAUGCACCACUGUGGAGAGACACUCUGCGGGCAGGUAGGGUCUCACCCUGUGUAAUGGUUCUAGGGGUUGCUCGUGCGUAAGCCGGUGCAAACACCUGGCUGGGUUGCCUGAGUGAACCUUUUCUGUCCGGACAGCCACUCACCCGUGGCUGUCUCAAUCGCUGGCAGAAUCCAUCAGUGGGCGUUUCUUAAACUUCUUCCAGCAAAGAAGCUCUUUGACGCCUAGUCUCCGCCUACCCUCUCUGCGCGAAAGCCUUCUGCACAAGGAGGGCGUGGGCAACGGAGGACCCCUACUCUCCCCGCUGGUCCCCGGCAAGGCGUCAUGGGACCGCCUCGCCGCUUCCCCCAUCUGCCCCCCUUCUCCACUGGUGCUACACUGAUUCUCUUCCCCAGAAGAUGGGCUGCCUCUCCCAAUCCCGGGAUGCUCUCUGGAAUCCCUCUGGAUUUUGCUCUCUCCCUCCGGCACUGAUGGCAGUUCCCUGACACCCUGCAUACCAGAUGGAGCUGGUAGACAGCUGCCCUGGACACAGAAUUGACCUGCGCCUCCAUGGACAGCUGUGAGUCCAAAAUGACUCCCAGGCUGCGCACCUGCUCCUUCAGUGGCACAGUUACCCCAUUCAGGAUCAGGGAGUCCUUCACACCAGCCCGCCCCCUGUCCCCCAAGAACAGUACUUCUGUCUCAUCAGGAUUCAACCUCAAUCCAUUGUUAUCUUCAACCCUUUCAUUCCAAUAGCUUAUGAAAAGGACCCAUCAUUCUCUUGUUGGCUUCUGACUUCUCUUCCUGAGUAUUCCAUUUGAACAGAUGCUAAUGUUUGCCAUAUUUUCUUUAGCCAUUCUUUCACUUGGUGGGGUGCGGCAGUCACUGCAGUCUUCCAAUAUUAAGAGAUACAAAUUCUGUCUGCAUUCUCAUUUCUGUUAUGAAGAUCAGCUUACAUAUUGCAUGGUGCUUGUGUGGGUGUGUGGAAACAUAUGAUAUACUCCCCCCACAUAUGAGACGACUGUACAAAUGGGUGUGUUUUCUUUUGGGUACGUGCAUUGUGUGACUUGCUGUUCAACAUCAUGCCUAGCUUUGUUAACCUGGGGCAGCCUUCCCCAACCUGGUGCCCUCCAAACGUUUUGGACUACAUAGCCCAUCAACCCGCGUCAGCAUGGCCGCCUCUGGAGAGAACCUGGUUGGGGAAGGCUGACUUAGGGCAUACCUUCACUGCAAAUAUAAGUGAGUGCUAAGUCGCUUUUAACUAUUGUGGCCUCUUUCACUGUGCGGAGAGUUCGCUAGGAGUUGUCCUUGUGGGAUUGUGCUGAGAAUCUUGACAGAGGGCAUUUCCCAAGGUUGGGUCUACUGGGAAAAGUAAAUUAAAACAAUUCAAUUUGGUACGUCUUAGUUCAUCUACCAUCAUAUCAUCAUCUUCAUUUAUUAAUUUAUAUACCAUGCCUCUGUCUUUCACAGCUGAACGAGAAAUUGUGCGUGACAUCAAGGAGAAGCUGUGCUACGUCGCUCUGGAUUUUGAGAAUGAGAUGGCAACAGCUGCUUCCUCCUCAUCCCUGGAAAAGAGCUAUGAGCUCCCUGAUGGGCAAGUCAUCACCAUUGGCAAUGAGCGAUUCCGUUGCCCAGAAACUCUUUUCCAGCCUUCCUUUAUAGGUGAGUCUGCAUCUCUGGAGUCUGGAGUCAGAGAAUCUGAAGUAAUGCAUGGGAAACAAUAUUUCCUUCUCUCUUGGGGCUCUUUUCUUUGAUUGUGAUAUUUCAACCUGAAAAAAUCAUUUUUUGGUAUUAAUAUUUUAUUGAAAAGGUUUCAAUUAUAAAGGAAUAAAGUGAUGCAAAUAAAAAUAAAAUAAAAAGGCACAAAAAUGUGUAGAAACAAUAUAUGAAUAUAUACAAUAUACAAAAAAUACCCUAACCCAUACAUUCUUGUAUAAAUUAGAUAUUAUUAUGCUAAUACUUAUGUAAAUAUUAAUAGUCUACUACAUUUUGUAUAAAUUCAUUCCAAUUUUGUCGUGUUUAUCCAAGCAGUCUACGUCUGUAAGCAGUCUGUUCAUAAGUUGCAAGUGUUAUCAUAUUGUCAAUCCAUUUAUUAAAGGGGAUUAUAUCUUUAUUCCAGUUGAUCAAUAUCAGUCUCUUGGCUAUCAUUAGGGCACAUAGAAUCUAUUUUCAACAUCCUGUUGUUAACUUCUAUACCAGGCAUAGACAAACUCGGUCCUCCAGAUGUUUUGGGACUACAACUCCCAUCAUCCCUACCUAACAGGGCCAGUGGUCAGGGAUGAUGGGAAUUGUAGUCUCAAAACAUCUGGAGGGCCGACUUUGCCUAUGCCUGUUCUAUACAAUAGAUAUAUAGUUCAGAAGAAUAUAGUUCAGUCAAUCAUGAAAAGAAAACAGAGCCUUACUUCUUGCAUUCAAUUUAUUCAUCCCUUGCUUCUCCCUCUGAAGGAAAUCCCAAAGCAACUAACAACACCAUACAAAAAAAUACAGUCAUCUCAAAAGACAAAGGAAUAUUUUAUUUGAAAAAAAUGCUAGAAUAAACCUAUAGAUACAUUUUGCAUUCAGUACUUAAGAAAACAACAAUUCAGUCAACAAUUAAAAAUCCAUAAACAAUGGAAGAAAACUGUAUAUGAGAAUGAAUUCUUCCCAUUCCUAUUAUAUAAUUUUUACACUACAAUAAAAUUAAAAACCAUGGCAAUUUUAAAAAUAAGGUAGUAUUUAAAGCCCAGUGAAACAGCAACAGCUCUUAAAGGCAAACUAACAGCAGUGGCUUUUGCCAGUUGACUAGAAAGGCUCUGAUGGGAGAGGAUGCAAAGAUGUUUGAAACAUGCUCCCCAGAAAGGAACUUAAUUCCAAAGUUUCAUCAAAGCCAACCAUAGUUCAGUGGUUGAGGCACUUGCUUUGAAUGCAGAAAAGAGAGCCAGCAUGGUGCUGUGGUUAGAGUGAGAGACUAGGACCUGGGAGAGACCAGGGUUCGAAUCCCCACUGGGCUAUGAAGCUCACCUUGGGCCAAGCACGGCCUCUCAGUCUAACCUACCUCACAGGGUUUGGUGGGGAUAAAAUGAGAAGGGAGAGAACCAUGAACACCACUUUGAACUCCUUCGGAAAAAAUGGUGGGCUAUAAAUGCAAUGAAACAAAUGAAUGGCUCAGGUUGAGUCUUUGGUUUCUCCAGGUAGGGCUGGAAGUCUCCUCUGUCUGAAAUCUUGGAGAACUGCUGGUAGUCAAUUUAGGCAAUACAGAGCUAGAUGGAGCAGUAGUCUGACUCAGUGUGAAGGUUUCUUCCUAUGUACCUCUCAGUUGGGUAGUGAUCAGUGCUGAACUGCCAGAGGAAGUUCGUCUUACUGAGUUCCCAUCUGAACUGGGGACAAGCCACUGAUUUUGCACCAUUCCUCCUAGGCAUGGAAUCUGCUGGCAUUCAUGAGACAACCUACAAUUCCAUCAUGAAGUGCGACAUUGACAUCCGCAAAGACCUCUAUGCCAACAACGUCCUUUCUGGAGGCACCACCAUGUACCCUGGAAUCGCAGACAGAAUGCAAAAGGAAAUUACAGCCUUGGCUCCCAGCACAAUGAAGAUAAAGGCAUGUCUGCCCUAUUUUUUUUCAGGGUUUGAAAUACUGUCCCUUAGCAGCCGCCCGGCCCCAUCCCACCUGCAACCUGGCAGGACACCACAUACUGAUGGGAACAAAGAUCCAUGAGUGUGCUAUGGGGAGGGGAUUACCCAUGCGUUUUUGGGACUGCGCCCCUUCCAGUCGUCAACCACAGGGAACUCUUUGCUGUUAUGCUCUGAUGGGUAUUGGCCCACUGACAUGCCUAUGGAAAUAAUCCAAAAUUUAAUACUAUCUGUAGUAGUUGGCAUAUAUCUGAUGAUAGCUGUGGGUCUUGACAUUUCCUCAGAUCAGAACUGACUUUCUGUUUGUGCUUUAGUCUCACACCUUACUUAUUCGGUAGCCAAAUGACCAUCAAAAAUGUCACUCAUUAACCCUCUUCUACAAAUGUUUUCACAGAUCAUUGCUCCUCCUGAGCGUAAAUACUCUGUUUGGAUUGGUGGUUCCAUCCUGGCCUCUCUCUCCACCUUCCAGCAGAUGUGGAUCAGCAAACCAGAAUACGAUGAGGCUGGUCCUUCAAUUGUCCACCGGAAGUGCUUCUAGAGGCCAGAGCUAGAUUCUUCUAGAGCAUGGAGACUCCUUCCUCCUCCUCCUCCUUUUGCAAUUCUUUCUAACUCUUCAAUAAGCAUUAAAACGUUUUUCAAACUCUGCCUGUAGCACUUUGUCCCCUGUUGUUGUUGCUGCUGUAAUCUACCUUGCACCCUAAGGCUCAGGGCAGGUUACAACAAUUUAAAAUACCAUUUUAAAACACACAACAGUUUUUAAAAAACAGUGUGGGUUCUGAAAAUAUACAUUUUAGGUGUCAAAGGUGCUAGGGUAAAAAGAUGUGUCUUCAGCAUACAAUGGAAACUAUAUAGUGAAGGGCCAGGUGUACCUCUGUGGGGAAGGAAUGCCACAACUUAGGGGCUGCCACAGUGAAUGCCCUCUCCUGGCCUACCACCACUCCAAACUUCUGUGGGUUGUGGAACUACCAAGAGGGCCUGCUCUGUUGACACUAGAAAACUGUUUGCAGCAAUGAGGUGGUCUCUCUCAGAUAUUUGGGGCCUGAGUCCUUUUGGGCUUAAAAUGUUGAUGUGAUGACCCUGAACUGGGACCAGAAAUGAACUGGCAACCAGUUCAGUUGUUCCAAAACAGCAGCUACAUGAGAUCUAAACAGAACCCCAGCCAAUAAUCUGGAUGCUGCAUUUUGGACCAAUCGAAGUCGCUGGGUCGUUCAAGCACAUUGUAAUAAUCCAGCCUGGGAGUUACCAGAGCAUGGAAUACAGUGGUUAGGUCUUUUGUAUGCCAUUGAUCUUCACAUCUGGCUCUUGAGUAAACUUAUUUAUGUUUUAUAAAGGGAAGGUAUGCAAUUCAGAGGAGUGGAGGUUGUUCAAAUGAAAUAAACCUUUACCUG